UGGUUGCUUGUGUGUGUGUGUGAGUGAAUGAAGUGAAUGAGUGUAGUGAAUGUGUAUAUGAAUGUGUGGCAGUUGGAAGCAAUGGACAAACUCAUACAUGUGCACAAGUGCGCUACACACCAAAAAUUGUAUUCGGUGCGGUGAAACACAUGGAAAAACGCUGAAAAAAAAAGAAGAUAGAAACCCAACGAAUGAAACAGAAAAAUAAAACAUACGUCAAACAAUUUUUAUUUUAUUUUAGUGUUUUUUUUUGGAAAAGAAAAAUAAGAAGCAAAUUCAACGAAUUUAGUCGUUGUUGUGAUCACCGACGUCAGAAGUCUUUUGUUGGAGCGUCCAUCGAUGAGUUUUUGUAACCUAACGACACCAAAUGAUUUAGUUUUGUUGCCAUUUUAAUUAAAACACCAUUAGAAUGACAUCCAUACCCAUCCUGCGAAGACAAUUAUUAAUAUGAAUGGAGUUAAAGUGAAAACAAUUUAUUAAAUGAAUCACAAACGUUUGCUGUGAAUUAAAAUCAGCGGAAGAAAAAGUGAAAAAAAAGUGAUUUAAAAAAAAAAGAGAGGAAGGAGACAUAGUGCGAAAUUUUUUUUCGAAAAGUUGCGCGGAGUGAAAACGAAAUAAUUCUUGUGUUUGGAAAUGAAUGGUCUAAAUGGUUCGGUUGCCGUUUUAUCAGCACCAACAGCAACAACAGUAGUCACAACGAAAGCUGCUGAUCCCGAUACCACCGCCAUAAGCAACAAAAUUAAUAACAACAAUGACAUCAGCAAUAGCAUUGAUUUGAACAGUGGUCAAAUAAUUAGCGAAUUAAAUAACUACACCGAAUACUCAACAGAUGAGAUGUUGGAAUCAGAAAAAUCGAGCUUAUUUGGUCGUGUACAUGAUUUGGAGCGACGAGUUUUAACGCAACAAGAUGAGAUUGUUUGUUUACGAUCAACACUGGCUGAUGUGCUGCGUCGUUUGAACACAAUUGAGGGUAAUAUCGAACGUGGUGCCAUCACAAAUAACGCUUUUCAAGGUCGAAGUGCACCAAACACACCUUCUCGCAAUGGAGCGCCCGUCUUCAGCAGACUAUCAUCACAAAGUUCGGCACAUUCAAAUUCAUCGAUUGGUAUGAAUUGUGCGAACAAUGAUUGGAAACUUCGUAAGCCAAUGGUUCGUUCGGGCGGUACAACAACGCCAGACAUUCAUUCGAGACGGCAUAGCGGUGGUGUGAAUUCAUUGCAUCAAAGUCGAACCAAGCAAAUCCACCAAUCGAACGGAUCAAUACAAUCGGAUUCGCCGAGCAGCAAUUCAAUAUCACCAGCACCGUCGCCGUCACCGCGACCACAGUCAGUGAAUACGAACAAUGGAAGCGCUGGAUUGGGCAAACGAUGGAACUCAACCGGUGACUUCAAUGCACAAUCGGCAUUGGUCGGAAGACUAUCAACGAAAUCUUUAUUGAAUUUAUCCACAAAAACAGUGCCAGGGCAUGUUCUCAAGCAUGGCACACAAACAUGCAGCUAUAAUGAAGAAGAUGGAACGGUGAAAAUGUUUUUGCGCGGCCGACCAAUUAUUUUGAAUGCAUCGAGUGAUGCAAAGGAUACGUACGAUGUAACCAAAGUACAACCAGCACCAAAUAAAAAACUCAAACUUGACUGGGUAUACGGAUAUCGUGGUAAAGAUUGUCGCUCAAAUCUAUAUCAAUUGCCCACAGGUGAAAUAGCAUAUUUUGUUGCUUCGGUUAUUGUGUUGUACAAUGUUGAUGAACAAUCACAACGUCAUUACAUCGGUCACACGGACGAUGUCAAAAGCUUAUGCGUUCAUCCAAACAAACUUCUCAUAGCCAGUGGCCAGCUUGCUGGACAUAAUAAAAACGACGCUUUACCUCACAUACGGAUCUGGAAUUCGGUGUCACUUGCAACGAUUAUGGUGAUUGGCCACGGAGAGUUUACCGGUUCAAUAAAUAGUUUGUGCUUUAGUCGUGCUGAUAGCGGUUCAAUGAUUGUGGCCAUCGAUGAUUCGGCUGAUAAAAUUAUAUCCGUGUGGGAAUGGCAGCGGGGUGAAAAAGGCCAUAAAAUCACAGAGACAAGGUGUUCGGUGGAUACGAUUGUUGCUGUUGAAUUUCAUCCAUUAGAUCGUAAUCAAAUUGUGUCUGCUGGAAAAGGGCACAUAGCGUUCUGGACACUUGAUCAAAAUGGUACAUUAUACAAACGGAUGGGCGUAUUCGAAGGUCGAGAAAAACCAAAAUAUGUGACAUGUCUUACAUUUACGCAAAGCGGUGACGUUGUAUCGGGCGAUUCAAACGGUAAUAUUGUUAUUUGGAGCCGCGGAACGAACACAAUUACACGAUUAUUAAAAAAAGUCCACGAUGGCUCAAUAUUUACGUUAUGCGCAUUAAAAGAUGGAAGUUUCUUGUCUGGUGGUGGAAAAGAUGGUCGUAUUAAAUUAUUUGAUGCUGAUCUCAAUCCAACUGGCAUUGAAAUGGAGAUUGAACAGCAUUUUGGUGCGGUUCGUGUGGUGUCAGAAGGAAAAGGUUCACAGUUGUUGAUCGGAACGACGCGUAAUUGCAUAUUAACUGGAUCGAUGCAGUUGGGAUUUUCGCCGGUAAUAAUGGGUCACACCGAUGAAGUAUGGGGUCUCGCUAUUCAUCCACAAUUACCACAAUUUGUGACUGGUGGACGUGAUCGUUUGCUUCAAUUGUGGGAUUCAUUGUCACAUUCAGUGGUUUGGAGUAAGGAUAUUGGUGAACAAAUUCAAUGUUGUGCAUUUUCAACAAAUGGCGCUAUGAUUGCCGUUGGCACAAUGCACGGAAAAUGGUUGAUAUUUGAUGCAUUAACUCGUGAAGCGCUAGCACAGCACAUUGACGGACAAGAACCAAUUCAAUGUAUUCAAUUUUCACCGGACGGACAACUAAUGGCCGUUGGAUCACAUGAUAAUAACAUUUAUAUUUAUCAAGUCGGCGAUGAUUACAAACGAUUCGCCAAAGUUGGACGAUGCACGGGUCAUUCAAGUUAUUUGAAACAUCUUGAUUGGUCUGAAGAUAGUCAAGUAUUACGCAGCAAUUCCGGAGAUUAUGAAGUGCUUUAUUGGAAUCCAACCUUGUGCCGGCAAAUUACGUCACCGUCUCAAACGUGCGACAUAAAAUGGGCCACACAAAAUUGUAGUUUAUCAUUCCAAACGAUUGGUGUAUGGCCUGAACAUGCCGACGGCACCGACAUUAAUGGCGUGUGUAAAAAUUUCGAAGGUUCUCUAAUGGCCACCGGAGAUGACUUCGGUAAAGUUAAACUAUUUUUGUAUCCAGCGACACAACCAAAAACAUUAUCACAUUCAUAUGGUGGUCACAGUAGUCAUGUCACAUCUGUGCAAUUCAUGCACGACGAUGCACGUCUCAUUUCAACUGGCGGCAAUGAUACGAGCGUCAUGCAAUGGAUUGUUUCAUAAGAACUAAUCGAGCACUAAUAUUUAUUUGAAUUUUCUUCUGCAUCCGAAGAAAGAAAAAACAAUCGACAACUAGGGCGGAUUUCGUUUUUAGAACUUUUUAAAAUAAGAUAAAUACUACUAUUAACUACAACAACAACUACUACUACUAUACUACUACUACUACUACUGCAAACAGCUACUACAAAUGCAAGCAACUACUUUUGCACUUUUUGCAACUCUAUUUAUGUAUCACACAUUCCAUACAUAUACUUAUAAAAGCGGACCAUUUUCAUUUUGAAGCGUUAAGUGGUUUGGUAAAGUCAUGGAUCCAGAUUCCAUCCAUAUUUUUUUAGUUGAUUUUAAUGUGGCACAAUCAAACGAAUUGAAUUUGUUUGUCAUGAUAAUUUUGGAUUUUAUUUAAGAUUGCACGUUGAAAUGAAUAGUGAGAAAGAAGAAAACAGAUGGCCUUUGUGUAAUUUUUUUUUACGAUAAAAUAUGAUCGAAAAAAGACACAUGCAUACAAAUUAUAUUCUUUAACAUACUAUCCAAAUUUUAUUCUAAUCCAAAAUCAAAGUAUUGAAUGUAAAAAAAAGACACACGAUUUUUUUUGUUUUUAACUAAAUUUUAAUAAAUUCAAACAAAGUAUCUCAAAA